CUUGACAUUCCCAGGAAGCAAUACUAUCAAAUCAUUCAAUCAAAUGGAUUUAAAUGGAGGUUGAAGUCGCUCAUAAUUAGCAAAAUUUGCAACGAUGCAUGUGGCUUUUAUUCAACAAGCGGCGAAAAUUUUGCUAAUAUGUAUGUCUGUUUAUUGGAGUAUCGCCCAGGGGAAUCCAGGUAGCUAUUUGUACAGUUUCUAUCCGCUACCAGAAUACAUACAAAAUGAAUUUGUUCAAGCUCACAAUCAGCAUAGAAAAGACGUUCAACCAGUGGCAUCGAAUAUGCGACAACUUUAUUGAAGCGACGAGAUCGCUGAAAAGGCUUUCGAGUUCGUGAGAAAAUGUUCUGUUUAUCAUACCUAUCCUGCAAUGAGAACAUCCCAGUGGGCAGCUCUCGGAGAAAAUGUUUACGCGGGAAACCAGUAUUGGCUUAGUGAAAUUCCGACUAAGGUCACGUCAGACUGGUAUAGCGAGUGCGAAUUUUACAAUAUAACGGGGUAUCCAACAUGCUCCGGACGACAGUGUGGUCACUACAAACAGAUAGUAUGGGCGAACACAAGACAAAUAGGAUGUGCAAUAGCGGCAUGCAGGGAUAUUGAAGGAGGAUAUGGCUCGACAUUGGUUGCUUGUAUCUACGGACCUGCAGGAAAUGAAUAUUACGAAGGAGGAAUUGAAAUUCUGCCAUAUUUGGUUGGAUACUCCUGCUCUCAAUGUCCAGAUGAUGCUUCCGUGUGUAUUGACAAGCUGUGUGUUUCUCCAACUUAGUAUUGAAGAGUGUUUUUAUUGACUUUAUUGUAAAUUGUUAUUCACAUUUUAGUUUCUUGCUGUGGUAUCUGUUUGGUAACUUUUUAUUAUAAGUGCAUAUAUAUAUCUUCAUUAGU